AUGUCGUCGGCACGCUGCCUGGAAGCAUCCGCGCAUGAUGAUGUAUCUGCUGUAGAGUACUACUGUGUCACAGAGGCCGCCAAGCUCGCUGCUUUCAAGGCGGCCGUUGAGCUGAGGAGCCUGCGAGUCUCUUCGCACCUGUCGGAGUUUCUGAACGCGACGCAGCCUCAGGAUUUCCCUUUACCGAUCCGUGUUUGCAACAAAUGGUGGUGUCACUGGACAGAGCAUGGUAAGCUCUGCAAGGGACCGUCUCGUGACAAAUCAGAUCUGGGACAGCUCUGUUGCUGUCAUCAUCGCUUGUGGGAGCGCUGGGAUGCUCGCUCGCAGGAUCCCGACCCUCAUCACACAGUACUGUACGACAACAUUACAGGCAACGCUUCUUUACUGGUAGCGGCUGCAGCCGACGGCAAGCAAGCACUUCUGCAAAACCUCUGGACUGAUCAGGGGCUGCAGGCGGACUGGCAUGCUGCGCUUGCUGCGGCUGUCUCCCACAAGCGUAUCGAUGCGGUGCAUUUCUUGCUUGAUCGCGGCUGCGUUCAGCAUAGCUGUUUAGAGCCGUCGUAUGCAGGGGUUCCUUUAGUCAUUUGGGCGGCCAGCCUUGGACAAGCCGAUAUUCUGGAGAGUCUGGUUGAGAAAAAGGCUUCAUUGCAGGUUUCUCCCACUAGACCACACUAUGCAUAUACUGUGCUUUGUGCAGCAUUGGUCUUCUCUGACGGAUUCGAAGGUGCUCCCAGCGUCAUAAAGUAUGCGGUCAAGAGGCCGGCAGAUUUCGGCUGGCUGGUGCGGCAGAACCUCGACGGUAAAUCGCCCAUGAUCCUGGCGGCGGAGAACACGAAUAAUGCCAGUUUGGAGAUUCUCUUGAAGGCUGGAGUGAGCCCUGAGCAGACCGCGGUUUGGGGUGAAAUGGCGAUUCACAAGGCAGCUUACAUCAACCAUCUGGACACCGUCAAGAUGUUGUGGAAGUUCCGAGCCAACGUGGAGGCUCAAAGCGCCCGUGGUAGCACUGCUUUGGCGGUGGCAGCUGACCGUGGCUUUGAUGACAUCGUUGGGUACUUGGUUCAUGUUUGCAAGGCCAACAUCUGUACUAGCGAUCUCUGGGGCCACAGUUCCGCACAUCUUGCUGCCUUCAACGGCAAUCUCAAAGUUAUGGAAAUCUUGGAACACGCACAGGGAGCUUUCGCAAAUUGCAUCAACCAGCCAGACGAUCAUGGCCUGAAUGGUCUAGACAUUGCUGCACAACAGGGGCAUGUAGAUCUUGUGCAGCGCCUCUUGCCCAAAAUCAAAGACAAGACAACGGCGCUGUUUUGGGCUGCGGAAGGGCAUCCCAAAAUUGUAGAGCUAUUGCUGCAAGCUGUUCCAGCCAGCCUUACGGCAAAACAGCCUGAUGGACGGACAGCUUUGCACCACGCUGCGGAAGCAGGCGAUGUUGCGAGUCUUCGAGCCUUACUUCGAUCGAAGGCGGAUCUGGGAAGCUUGGACGUGAAUGGAAGCAGUCCGUUGUGUGCUGCGGCGCGCAGCGCUGAGCCGAGGGCAGUGGACACACUGCUCAGUGCGCGUGCCUGGGUUGGCUCUGCAGAUUGGACCUGCUUAGACGAUGCAGCUGUCGCAGCAAAGUGGUGGGACCCCAGCAAAUGGGUCAUGGCCAAGAAGUGCACCUUGCUUCUGGCAGGUCGCGCUAGUCAGCGAGGCGCGAAGUCCUUGGCUGCAAUUCUGCAUGGAGAAGGGACAGAAAAUCCGAAGGCCACUUUGAGCAUUGGCAAGCUGGGCUGGACCAGCCUGCACUGGGCAGUGAUGCUGCGACACGUUGUUUUAAUCCAGAGGAUCGCAUCUACGAAUCCUGGAGUGGGUGCCUCUUUGGAUUUCCGUGGUCGCACGGCCUUGAGCCUUGCUUCGGAGCUUGGUCUGCUCGAAGCGGUCGACCUCCUUGCCAAUCCGGAGUUGAACAGUGUGGAUGAGACGGGCCUGUCGCCGCUCAUGUGGGCUGCCAAGCGUGGCCAUGCAGGGAUUUGCAAGAAGUUGCUGCAGCUCAAGGCCGACCCGGAUCAGAGAGACGCGAGCCGCAACACUCUCAUGCACCUCGCCGCCUUAAGCGGAAAGAGAAAAGUGGUUGAUGUGUUCAAAAAGACAUUGGACACCAAGUCAAAAGUCCAGAAUCAGCUUGGGGAGACUGCUCUGUUCAGUGCCGUGCGUAGCAAGAACGCUUCGUUGGUAAAGUACAUGCUCUCUGAGCUGAACUACAGUGCCAAUCACUCGAACAUUCUCGGGCGGACAGCCCUGUUUGAUUCCCUGCGCUCUUGUCAGCCUCAAGUGUGGAAAAUUUUGAAAGAAGAGGCGAAUAUCCACCAAAGGGACUACUUGGAUUUUGGCAUUGACGAAUUGCCGGAGUUUAAGAGUUCAGUUUGUUUGAAGAGGACGGAUACCGAUCUUCUCUGGACAUUGGAUGCUCAGGUGGCCUCGACAAGUUUCCGUGAGAAGCUCGUAGAUGUUGCACGAGAUGAAGACUUUCACAAGUAUCUCCUCGUGACGCUGGCCUUGUCGGCUAUUCUAGGCGGUAUGUUCAGGUGUUGGAGCCAUUGGCGUGGGCGUGCGGCUUUGGCAAACGAUGGUGUGUGCGUCGACUCUGAUACUUCAGACAGCGAGGCAGCAGAUGAACCCACAGAGACAGAGUCAUCUCAAGCUCGAGUCUUUAUUCGCGGUGGCUCAAGCAACAUUACUUGUUGUCAACGCGUUCUGGAUGUGUCAGGUCGCGCCACCAGAAUCCAGACAGCGGCGAAGGAGUUUGAAAAGCUUGGUGUGCCGAAGCAGCGGGCAUUCUUUGCGCGCUGCUUGGAUGUCGUUGCCUUGCUCGUCUUCCCAUCGAUAAUGUCCCGGGUUUUAGCUUGGUGGCACAUGGUGAUAUGGGUCCUUCUCACAUGCGUCCUGCCUCCGCUCUGGUACCAGUGGGACCUUCGUCGCCUUACUUCUUUGCUGACGCACCCCGGGAGGUUUCUCGGAGUAAGGGACCUGUGGGCUUGGCUCAGAACAGCUUAUCUGUUGAUGCAGCUUUUGUGGUGCUUUCUGAUGUCUAGCGAUGCUUGGAUGAAGCAGCACGAAUACCUUUGGGAUCUGGGCUGCUAUCCCAUGUCAGAAUUAAAUCAAAUCUCCAGAGACGAGUUUCCGAUCCCGUUUCCGCCCCUGCUGCAAGCAGGGUGGCCUGUGUUUGUGCUCGUCUGUGCCGUCGGGGCGCUCUGUGUGGGAAGCCUGUGGCUGCUCAGGCGAGCAUGGCCGUCGGAUGCCUUGACCGGUCUUCUCUUCUCCAUUGCAGCCGUCUUCGGUCUGCUGCUGGUGCUAUUUUGGCCAGAGGUACCAGCCACCUUGCCGGUGUCCUUGGCCGGCAUUCUGGUCACAUAUCGUGCAGCUGUGUUGCUUCUAACACUCCUCUGGAUCAUGGUGAACUUGCCCCCUCUUGCCCAAAGCAGUGUUCAGUGUGAUGUGCAAGUGCAAGGAGGGCCUGAAGAUCAAGUACCUCUCUCGAAGGUCGCUGAAAGGGUGUACAGGGUUGCCAUAGAGCGCCGUGAUUUGGCUGGAUACUGUUCUCCCGAAGAUGAUGACUUUUUCCAAAGGCACUGCCAACCAGAGACAUGUUUCACGGCCUUUAAGGCAACAAUGCUGUGGAUUCUCGACGUAUUUCUAGAUCUUCAGACAGUCGUAAUCUUUGCAGCCGGGGGUUCCUACAUAGCCGCCUCGCUGAUUCUUGGGGCAUUCUUGUGGGCACUCUUUGCCUCAGCUUCGGCUGGGGCAUUGAGCAAAGUCGGAUCUGCCCUGCGGCAGACCGUCCGUACUCAAGUGCGAGCACAGGAGUAUCAGCAAGUGCUGGACCAUGAGGCAUCCAUCGAAGUGCCGAUAUCGUUGAUCACGACGACAUUCAGCCUCCCCUUUGUCGCACAUCGGCCAGCAUCUGCUAUCAUGACUCUUGCGAGUAUAUUCAUGUCGCUUGUGCGUCAGGCAUCAUGGCUCUAUGAAGAAUUUGACGUGUGUGAAGACAUGCACACAUACAUGACUGAGAGGACUCCGAAAUCAGCGAGCAGCAUUCCGAAAUUCUUUCCAGAGGAUUGA